GUUUUUCUUUUUUUUUACAGUUUAUUAAAUACACUCAUGUCAUUUAAAAAUCCAGGAACACCUGACGAAGAAACGAUAGAGGAGAUGCGAGAUCGUUCUUACGGUUAUCAGCUUGAGUCAGAGAUUGAAAAUACAGAGGCACCUUCUGAAGAAUUACCUGAGGGUUAUCGUUAUAUCGCCGACACACGCCGACAAAGUAUCAGUAAUCUGAACCAUCAAGCAGACGUUGAAGACACCCGUUGUAAUAUUCGUAACCGUGGAUAUUUACCUAUUGAAAACUAUGGAAUUAUUGGCAACAUGAGAACAAUUGCUCUUGUCGGUACUGAUGCCUCCAUUGAUUUCUUUUGUUAUCCCAAGUUUGAUUCCCCAUCUAUCUUUUGUCGUUUGCUUGAUAAAGACAAGGGAGGUCAUUUUUCAAUCAAUCCAAGAACCCCACAUACAAGUAAUAAACAAAUGUAUUUACCUAAUAGCAAUAUCUUGACGACGAGGUUCUUGUCGGAUAAAGGUGUUGCCGAGAUUGUCGAUUAUAUGCAUAUACCCUCACAGGGUCAACGUCUCUCUACAAAGCCAUUACUUCAAUGGUUAAUUCGAAAGGUACGUGUCAUUCGUGGUUCAGUUGAAUUCAAGAUGGAGUGCUAUCCAGCCUUCAAUUAUGCCCUUGAUCCCCAUACCACCCAAAUUGUUGAGGAUGAAACGAUCGAAGACCAAAAGGCGAUGGCAAAGAUUUAUCCAGAGGAGAGUUGGCACUAUUAUGCAAGUCGAGAUCGUGUUAUAUUUGAAAGUGAACAUAUGAAGAUGGAUUUACGUCAUUUAGUAAAAUGCGGUGAGUUCCAGUGUCCUAACGUGAAGAUUCAAGUGCAUGAGGAUGAUCCGGAUCAUCAUAAAGGUCCUGGGGUUUGGGCUAACUUUGACUUGAUGGAGACACAAGAGGUAGUAUUUGUCUUUAGAGAAGUACCUAACUUAGAAUCCUCGGACUGUGUAGCUAAUGAAUCAAUGGCUGAACGAAAACUGAGAAUGGCCAUUGAUCCUCCACUUUCAAUGAGUUUAUUAGAAGCUCUCUUUAGACAGACAAGUACAUUUUGGUUGAACUGGGUUACUCAAAGUUCUUAUAAGGGUCGUUGGAGGGAACAUGUGAUGAGAAGCGCGCUAACUUUAAAGCUAUUGACUUAUGAACCAACUGGUGCAGUUGUAGCAGCUCCUACUUUUGGUAUUCCAGAAGCUAUUGGUGGUCCUCGUAACUGGGAUUAUAGGUAUGUUUGGAUCCGUGACUCAUCUUUCACAAUUUAUGCUUUUCUUCGACUAGGCUUCACACAUGAAGCAGGACGAUAUAUGAAAUACAUAGAAGAUCGAUGUAAUGAUUUGAAUCCAGAUGGAUCUUUGAAUAUCAUGUAUAGUAUUGAUGGUAUAAAGAAACUUGAUGAAUUUGAACUAAAUCAUCUUGAUGGCUAUCGAGGUUCUCGUCCUGUUCGUAUUGGUAAUGGUGCCUAUGAUCAUCUUCAACUUGAUAUUUAUGGAGAAUUAAUGGAUGGUAUUUAUCUUUAUAAUAAAUAUGGCUCUCCCAUCUCUUACGAUAUGUGGUGCUCAGUUCGUAAGUUAACAGACUAUGUCUGUGACAAUUGGAAUAUCCCUGAUAUGUCUAUUUGGGAAGUACGAGGUCGUAAACAACAAUUUACUUAUUCAUUAGUGAUGUGCUGGGUUGCAAUUGAUAGAGCUCUACGGUUAUCUGAAAAGAGAGUUUUCCCUUGUCCCAAUAGAGAUAGAUGGAUGAGAACAAGGGAUGAAAUUUAUGAAGUUGUACAAACCAAAUGCUACAAUCCAAAACUAAAGAUGUUUACUCAAAGUGUAGAAUCAUCUGAUGCUUUAGACGCUAGUACGCUUAUUAUGCCACUUGUUUUCUUCUCUUCUCCUACUGAUCCUCGUUUGUUAAAUACAAUUGAGAGAAUUAUGAUGCCACCUGAAAAGGGUGGACUUGUGGCAAAUGAUCUUGUGUUUAGAUAUAAUUUCUUGACAACGGAUGAUGGUGUAGGCGGUCUCGAAGGAGCAUUUUCGAUGUGCACUUUUUGGCUUGUAGAAGCUCUGACUAGAGCAGGAAGAUAUGAUAAGAGAUUAUUAACACGUGCUGUUAUUAUGUUUGAAAGGAUGUUAUCCUACGGUAAUCAUUUAGGAUUAUUUUCUGAAGAAGUUGCUAGAUCAGGCGAGCUUUUGGGUAAUUUUCCGCAGGCUUUUACUCAUCUAUCAUUCAUUAGUGCUGCUUAUAACUUGGAUCGUGUAUUAUGUAAUGACUAUCUUAGAAACGAGUAAUAAAAGAUAUAAACAAUACAGUAUUAUAUAAAUGUUUAUUAUUAAUAAAAUGCUUCAUUUUUAAGUAUUGUUUAAAAUGAAAUCAUUAUAUAUAAUUCUCCUCCCCCCCCUUCUUUUUUAUUUAUUAAUUUGUAUUUAGUUUAUCUUUUAUUUUUUUUCUUCUUUUUAAAUAAAAUAUGAAAAGCAUUCGACUUCAUUUU